GCGCCCCGUCUUGUUGCCGUCGUUGCUCGGCGAUUCUGCUGUACUACAGCAUUAUUGGUAGUCUAGGGGUGUCAGGUAGAAUAUAUUACCUGGUUAAUAAUUGUUAAUGCCAUAUCUUGCCCGUUAUGCCCGUCGAGUUCUCAUCGCGGCAACGUCGACAGGUGCAGGCUUCGACAGGUGCGGCGUCGAUAUCUCCGCCGCAGGCCCAGCAGCAGCAGCAGCAGCAGCAUCGUCCUUCCCGACAGCAGUGGCUGAGCUUGUCAGCACCCUCCUCUUCCCCACAGAGACGUGGUCUGCAGUCUGGAAGAUCGCCGGGAAUGACAGGUUUUUUCAACGGUCUGUUGUAUGGGCUUGGAGGAUUGGCAUCUGUGUGUUUGAUCCUGUUGGUCGCGUUCCAGGAGAAGCUGGUCUAUGUCCCGGUCCUGCCCGGGCUGACCCGGGAGUACCCCAUCUUCCCCAGCAGGUUCAGACUUCAGUACGAGGAUGUGUGGCUUAGGGCAAAGGAUGGUGUCAAGCUUCAUUCCUGGUUCAUCAAAUUUGAUCCUCCAAUACGGGACAUCGCUCACAGGCUCGAGUUUAUCGACAUCAUGAUGCAGUACCUUCGCUGCAAUGUUUUCAUGUUAUCCUAUCGUGGCUACGGUGCCAGCGAUGGAUCCCCAUCGCAGUGGGGAUUAACUCAGGAUGCGCAGGCUGCACUUGAACAUCUCUUAGCUAGAGAUGACAUUGAUCAGAAAAGAAUAGCUGUAUUUGGACGUUCGCUUGGUGGCGCUGUUGCGGUUCAGUUGGUGAAAAAUAAUCCUGGCAAGGUAUCGGUAGUGAUUCUGGAGAAUACGUUCACGUCUAUUUUGGAGAUGGCGGGCAUUAUGAUGCCUUUCCUGAAGCAUGUGAUUGGCCACCGCUGGAAGCCGCUCAACUUCCUUGUGAGGAGCCAGUGGAGAUCGCUUGAUGCAAUCGAACAGAUUCGGGAGCCCAUUCUAUUUAUCUCAGGACUGAAGGAUGAAAUGAUUCCGCCGACCCAUAUGAAAAAGCUCUACGAGGCCGCAAAGUCGGCACGGCCCCGACUCAUGGUGGAGUUCUCCACCGGCAUGCACAUGGACACGUGGAUACAUGGCAAAGAUGCUUAUUGGAGAGCGAUAAGUAACUUCCUUAACCAAUACGCUUCUGGUGCGGAUGAUCGUGACACCAUGUAAUGAUUUCCUUUCCCCAAUUGCGCUUCCAUUUACAUCCGUCCACAAUGUAUGUGGAUGGAUCAUGCAGUCGCACUCAAUUAGAGAAAGUUUUGGCAUCUGGAACUCGCUGUUCAUAGACUGUAUGGUCGUCCCCAUGCGUUCACGCUGUGUGCAUGUGUAUGUGCACAUGCUCUCUCUCUCUCUCUCUCUCUCUCUCUCUCUCGCUCGCUCGCUCGCUGUUCGUGAACUGCAUGCUCAUCUCCAUGCGUUCAUGGUGUGUGUGUGUCUAUGUGCACAUGCUCUCUCUCUCUCUCUCUCUCUCUCUCUCUCUCUCUCUCUCUCUCUCUCUCUCUCUCUCUCUCUCUCUCUCUCUCUCUCAAGCGUUUGCAGGUGUUUUUAUGCACAUGCAUCUGUGCAAUUGUGUAUUCCCUCUUUCUCGUUCGUCACUUGCUUGCAUCAUUUGUGUGUGUGUGUGUGUGUGUGUGUGUGUGUGUGGAUGAACACGGGGGUGAUGGUGGUUGUGCGGCGAUGAUGAGUAGGUGGUAAUGGCGAGCAGGUGGCGAUGGGAAGUUGGGAACAUAUUUUCUGGGUGUUAUUUUGAAUGUCAUAGAUGUGGCUGAUGGCUUGUAUCCCACGUAUGUAUGGCUGGCGUCGAUGACAAAGUGCAACACAUUCUCAGCCAGCGUGCUAGGAAUGUGGAGGUAGAUUGAGAGAAGCCCGACUGCGGUUGAAGCAUGCGAGGAGGCAAGACAGUGUGCGAUGGGGACAGGGCGUGGACAUUGGAGUGCGGAAGCUGGCAGUCUGCUCUGCUGUGCCUUCUGUAACCUGACGGAGGGAAAUGGAACUAUAAGGGGGUACUCACACGAGGGGACUUUCCUGGAUGUGUUUGACUGCUUUGUAGGCCAGGAGCUGGAUGCACCUGACUGUGAUUACGUCCAGAGAUAAGUUGCACAUGUCUCAGUGUGACUAUGCCCUAAGAGUGUGAAAGAGGAGUACGAAGUUGAGUCAGAUCGCAGGAGAAAAACGGGCAAAAUACGAAAAAAUGAAGGCAUGUAUAGCCCUCAGAUAUUGUGAAAAAAAAAAAAUGUUAAAAACCGGUGUGUACAGCACGUGGGGUAAUAAUCUAGGAAGGUCCAGAGUUUCCUGCGUGGAGAAGAAUGUGAGAACAGCGGCGUUUUUUUUUUUUUUUUUUUUUUUUUUUUGUACAUCAGCGGAAUCCCUACUUUGCUCAAUUUUAUUCCGCGAGCAUUUUUUCGU